GCGCGAUUAAGGUGGAUUGUCGGAUACUUUCUCCUUCGUCCUUCCUUCUUCUAUCUAUCCGGGAGAGACUGUGAAUCUUCUAUACUAUCUUGAUAUUCUACUAUUCCGUGAUUCGAGCUCGGACGUCCCUCCAGCUUGUCCGACUCUCCGGUCUCAUAACCGCCACCUGCAGUUGAAGUUGUGAUGCAAGAUACUGUGCUGGUGAUCCUGUGAAAAACAUAAUAUCUCCUGACUAGGAUCGCUCUGAAAAGGACAGUCUGAUCAUCUGUCAUCGCUUAACGCUUUAUCCGCUGUCUUAAGAAAGCCGUGGGUGCGAAGAGCUUGAAGAGAAGGCACAGGCCUCAUUCGGAUAUAGCACCAUCAGAUUAGUGACUAUUGUGGGACACGCUUCACUUUUGUCGCUUGCCAGUCUAUUCUAAGCACUUUGCUUCACAUCUCCACUCCUAUCUUAUAGAAUCUGCCAUUAUGUCUGUGGCGAACUUGCAGCGGGACGCCGCGUUCCAGGUCCGGUCAUUGUUUCGGUCUUUGCUCCGUCAAUCUUCCCAAUUCUCGAACUACAACUUUCGUGAGUAUGCCCGUCGGAGAACGAGGGAUGCCUUCCGUGAGCACCAGCAUGAAACCGAGGAAAGGAGGAUACAGGAAUUGAUUCAGGAUGGUCUGCAAAAUUUGCGCAUGUUGAAGCGACAAACUGUGAUUAGUCAGUUCUAUCAGCUGGACAAAUUAGUAGUGGAAGGACAGAAGACUGGCGAGCAGACUGGACAAGAGGGCGGUAUCGUCCGCCAGAAGGAUACCGGGUGGGAUUGAUUAGUCGAAUCUUAUGAACGACGACAUUCUUAGGUUCCAGUUUUGACCCUGAACGAACACCAAGCUCGACAUGAGUUUGGCCUGGCCAGCCGCCAAGUUAUUGGAUAAACCGAGGGGACUGUACUUUUAACGAAAUCGACUGCGCCGUAUGUUGCACUGG